AUGCAUGUGGAGUUAUCUUUAACAGUCUGUGCAUGUCUGAGGAAAGAGAUCCCUUACGAGGCUGUGGUCUCGCAUUGUAUUGCUGGCCUACUGUACCCUAAAAGUUUUGCAAAUGCCCCUGAAGCUGCAAGAAUGGAUUGGUCCUCGUUCACCAAAGGCUAUUUUUUGAACAGAGACACUUUGGUUGCUGUCCUACUUUUAAUUGACGCUAGUGUACCACCUCAAAAAAUUGAUCUUGACUGUGCUAAUUGGCUUGGACGGAACAGUAUACCAGUGACGUUUGUUUUUACAAAAUGUGACAAAAUGAAAGGAGGCAAAGGUAAAAGGCCUGAUGAGAACAUCAGGAAUUUUCAAGAGUUGAUCAGACAAAACUACCGGGAGCAUCCUCCAUGGAUCAUGACUAGCAGUGCCACCGGUUUGGGCAGGGAUGAGCUUCUUUUGCAUAUGUCACAACUUAGGAACUACUGGGAUAACUAG